GGGCGGGGGUCCGGGGGUGAGCGCAAAGAUGGCCGCUCCGGCUCGGGCUGUUUUCAGAUGCUUCAGGUAUCGUGAACAGAGACUUGUUUGGAUUAUGUGUUUCUCAGCUAGACUAAAUAAAUGUUAACAAUGGAUAAGUGCAAACACAUUGGGCAGUUGCGGCUUGCUCAAGACCAUUCCAUCCUCAACCCUCAGAAGUGGCAUUGUGUGGACUGCAAUACAACUGAGUCGAUCUGGGCUUGCCUUAGCUGUUCUCAUGUUGCCUGUGGAAGAUACAUUGAAGAACAUGCACUCAAGCACUUUCAAGAAAGCAGUCAUCCUGUUGCAUUGGAGGUGAAUGAGAUGUAUGUUUUUUGUUACCUUUGUGAUGAUUAUGUUCUUAAUGAUAAUGCAACUGGAGACCUGAAGUUACUACGAAGUAUGUUAAGUGCAAUCAAAAGUCAAAAUUAUCAGUGCACUACUCGUAGUGGAAGGGUUUUGCGGUCUAUGGGUACAAGUGAUGAUACGUACUACUUACAUGAUGGCACCCAAUCUCUGCUUCAAAAUGAAGAUCAAAUGUAUACUGCUCUUUGGCACAGAAGAAGGAUAUUAAUGAGUAAAAUCUUUCGAACUUGGUUUGAGCAAUCACCCACUGGAAGAAAAAGGCAAGAGGAACAAUUUCAGGAAAAAAUAGCAAAAAGAGAAGUAAAGAAAAGACGACAAGAAUUAGAGUAUCAAGUUAAAGCAGAAUUGGAAACUAUACAUCCAAGAAAGAGUUUACGUUUGCAAGGUCUAGCUCAAUCUACCACAGUAGAAAUAGUUCCUGUUCAAGUUCCACUACAAACCCCAGCAUCACCAGCAAAAGAUAAAGUAGUAUCUACCUCAGAAGAUGUAAGGUUAAAAAAAGCCAGUGACUCCUCAGGUAAACGAAGGCCGAUAGUAACCCCUGGUGUAACAGGAUUGAGAAAUUUGGGAAAUACUUGCUAUAUGAAUUCUGUUCUUCAAGUGUUGAGUCAUUUACUUAUUUUUCGGCAAUGUUUUUUAAAACUUGAUCUGAACCAAUGGCUGGCUGUGACAGCUAGUGAUAAGACAAGAUCACCUUAUAAGCAUCCAUCAAUCACAGAUACUGUAUAUCAAAUGAAUGAAUGCCAAGAAACAGAUACGGGCAGUGCUCCCUCCAGACAUCCAAGUUUAUCAUUAGGACUAAGUGGUGGAGCAUCAAAGAGUAGAAAGAUGGAACUUAUUCAGCCAAGGGAGCCAAGUUCACAAUACAUUUCUCUCUGUCAUGAAUUGCAUACUUUGUUCCAAGUCAUGUGGUCUGGAAAGUGGGCCUUGGUCUCACCAUUUGCUAUGCUACACUCCGUGUGGAGACUAAUUCCAGCUUUUCGUGGUUAUGCCCAACAGGAUGCUCAGGAAUUUCUUUGUGAACUUUUGGAUAAAAUACAACAUGAACUAGAGACAACUGGUACUAGGUUACCAGCUCUUAUCCCCACUUCUCAAAGGAAACUUAUCAAACAGGUUCUGAAUGUUGUGAAUAAUAUUUUUCAUGGACAACUUCUUAGUCAGGUUACAUGUCUGGCAUGUGACAACAAAUCAAAUACCAUAGAACCUUUCUGGGACUUAUCACUGGAAUUUCCAGAAAGAUACCAAUGCAAUGGAAAAGAUAUUGCUUCCCAGCCAUGUCGGGUUACUGAAAUGCUGGCCAAAUUCACAGAAACUGAAGCUUUAGAAGGAAAAAUCUACGUAUGUGACCACUGUAACUCAAAGCGUAGGAGGUUUUCUUCAAAAUCAGUUGUACUCACAGAAGCACAAAAACAGCUUAUGAUUUGCCACCUACCUCAGGUUCUCAGACUACAUCUCAAACGAUUCAGGUGGUCAGGACGUAAUAAUCGAGAGAAAAUUGGUGUUCAUGUUGGCUUUGAAGAGAUCUUAAACAUGGAGCCUUAUUGCUGCAGGGAAUCCCUGAAAUCCCUCAGACCAGAAUGUUUUAUCUAUGAUUUAUCUGCUGUAGUAAUGCACCAUGGGAAAGGAUUUGGCUCAGGACACUACACUGCCUACUGCUAUAAUUCUGAAGGAGGGUUCUGGGUACACUGCAAUGAUUCCAAGCUAAGCAUGUGCACUAUGGAUGAAGUAUGCAAGGCCCAAGCUUAUAUCUUGUUUUAUACCCAGCGAGUUACUGAGAAUGGACAUUCUAAACUCUUGCCUCCAGAACUCCUGUCUGGUAGCCAACAUCCCAAUGAAGAAGCUGAUACCUCUUCUAAUGAAAUCCUUAGCUGAUCCAAAGACAGUGGGGCUUUCUUCUCGCGAUUUUAUAUAUACUUUUUUAAAGGGCUUACAAUUUUGAGCUUCAUUGUUUAAUUUUUUACUUAGGAAUCAGUGCACUGUUUAUACAUUUUGUAUCUACAAUAAAACUCCUUUUACAGAGCCAAGAUUAGCAUAAAUACAUAUAUCAAUGACAGCAGGUAACAACUUUUUUCAAGUA